UUUACGAUUGACGUUUUUCUUAAUAAACCAAGAAGAAGUAGGUUACUCGGAUAUUAAUGCUAAACGAAAGUAGAAACCGUGGGAUUUUAUCGCCAGGACCAGUAAAACGCAAUCAUUGAAAACUAGCCUAUCACAGAUGUCAAGGAGCCAAAAUGGUGGACUCUUGUGGAUUGGUAACUGUCAAGAAUGAACCAGUGCCUCUGAAGAGUAUUGCUGUGGAGGUGAGUGUGCAGGGGCAUGUGGCCACUGUGAGCUCCACUCUGCAGUAUGAGAACCAGGAGAAAAGCCCUCUGGAGGCCAUCUUUGUUUUCCCUCUACCAGGAGAGGCUGCUGUCUGCAGGUUCAGCGCCAAGAUAGGACAGACUGAGGUGGUGGCUGAGGUUCAGGAGAAACAGAAGGCGCAGGAGCAGUAUGAUGAUGCAUUGAGCUCGGGACAGCAAGCCUUCCUAUUGGAGGAGAGUGAUGAGAGCCCGGACGUGUUCAAGCUGAGUGUGGGUAGUCUGCCUCCAGGAGAGAAGGCCUCUGUCAGCCUGGACUAUGUGACAGAGCUGGCUGUACAGGCUGACGACAGCCUGAGGCUCUGCCUGCCUGCCGUGCUCAACCCCCGCUACCAACCCCAGGGGACAGACAGUGGUAGUGAUGGCAGUGCCCAGGUGUCCUCAGUUCCCGCUGGUUCUGUGCCCUACAGUCUGUCCCUCAGUGCCCGCGUGUCGUCCCCUCAUCCCAUCUCUAGAGUAGAGUCCAACUGUCCCCUGGACCCACUCAACUACCUCAACACAGAGAAAACCCAAGCCACGGUCAGUCUGGCUGCAGGUCAUCAGUUUGACCGGGACGUUGAGCUGUUGUUGUAUUACCAAGACACCCAUCAGCCUACUGCUAUAGUAGAGGCAGGACAGGCUUCUGCCAAGCCAGGCUCUCUGAUGGGUGACCCAGUGGUCAUGCUGAGCCUGUACCCAGAGUUCCCCAAGGAUGUGAUGUCAUCGCUGACCUCACAUGGGGAGUUCCUGUUCGUGGUGGAUCGCUCUGGCAGCAUGGGAUGCCCCAUGCACAAUGGGUCUGGGGCACAGGACCGUAUUGGCAGUGCCAGGGAUACUCUGCUGCUCUUGCUGAAAAGCCUGCCAAUGGGUUGCUACUUCAACAUCAUCGGCUUUGGGUCCAGUUAUAAGUCCUUCUUUCCUAAGAGUGUGGAGUACAGCCAGAAGACUAUGGAUGAGGCUCUACAGAAGAUGAAGGGAAUGAGUGCUGACCUGGGAGGUACAGAGAUCCUCCAGCCUUUAAAACAUAUCUACAGCCAGCCCUGCCUCCCCGACCAGCCCAGACAGCUCUUCUUGUUCACUGAUGGUGAGGUGAGAAACACCAAGGAAGUCCUGGAUCUGGUGAAGACGAAUGCUGGUUCUCACAGGUGCUUCUCCUUUGGGAUUGGGGAGGGGGCCAGCACUGCUCUCAUCUCUGGGGUGGCCAAACAGGCCGGAGGGCAUGCACAGUUUAUCACAGGACAGGACAGGAUGCAGCCCAAAGUGAUGCAGUCCCUCCGGUUUGCCCUGCAGCCUGCUGUGGUGGACAUCUCAGUCAAGUGGAAUGUCCCAAAGGAGGUGUCUGUCACCCCUCUAUCUCCACCAAUAAGAGUGCUCUUCCAGGGUCAAAGGGCACUUCUGUAUGCCCAGCUCACUGGGGAGAGCUCGGGGGACACAGAGGGCUCGGUGACAGUGAAGUACAGCCUGGCUGAGCAGCCUGUUGAGAAUCAGCUGAGCUUCAGUCUCAAACCUGCAGAGGACACUGGACUGACCGUCCACAGGCUGGGGGCUCGAACCCUGAUCCGAUCCCUGGAGGUGGAAGAGAGGGAGCAGGAUGGGGAGAAGGAGGGAGUGAAAGAGAAGGUGGUAGAGCUCAGCGUCCAAUCAGGAGUGAGCAGUGCCUUUACUGCCUUCAUCGCUGUCCACAAAGGAGAUGGAGAGGCCCUGCAAGGACAGCUGCUACGCAGACAAGUCCCCACGCCGAUGUUGUAUCACAGCCCCAUGCCCAUGAUAUUGGUGUGUAGUAUGGCUCAUUUCAGCCCCAUGCCCAUAAUGAUGGGAUGUGGAAUGGCUCUGUCCAGCCCCGAGCCCAUAAUGUCGGGGAGUAGUAUGAAUAUGUUAAUGGAUGUCCAAGCUGAUAUGUAUACCCCAGGCGAAGGGUUAACGUUCAGCGAAAAGAGUACGCUUGAAGACUUUGACUCUCCAGCCCCAACCUCUAAGCCUGCGAGGGACCCUCUCCUCCAGCUGAUCUCCCUUCAGAAGGCCUCUGGUUCCUGGGGCCUGGAGGCAGCGUUGGCUGAGGUGCUGGGGAAGACUGAGGAGGAGGUGGCCAAGCCAAAGCCUGCACAGGUGGACCAUGAGGUGUGGGCCACGGUUCUAGCCCUGGUAUGGCUCUAUGGUUUCAAGAUGGAGGCUCAGGAGGAAUGGCAGUUUCUGGCCAUGAAGGCAGCAUCAUGGAUCCAGGCUCAGAAAGUGGCCAGUGUGUCCGAGUGUGUCCAGGCUGGAAAUAACCUUCUGGGUUGCCAGGUGCAGAAAGACACCCUGGGGCUCUGAGAGGUUCACCCUGCCUGUCCUCUCUCUGUGCCCCAUGCGCCUGCUACUCUACCUGGGGUCAGAUACACACGCUUCCCUGCCUGCUUUUAGUCACCUGCUUCAAGCAACCUGUGGAGCUAGCAACUGUACCGGUCUGAACAAGCCUAAUUAUCAACCUCUUACCUAUAAUAGUCUACUGUAAUUUACUGUUAGCACACUUAUGUAUCUCAUUGUCAAAUCAAAUCAAUUUUAUUUGUCACAUGCACCGAAUACAACAGGUGUAGACCUUACAGUGAAAUGCUUACU